CUUGUCAGGUGUUUAUUUUUUGUUAUUGAUAUUUAUCAGUGUUUUCUUUUAUUAUUUUAAAUCGAAUAAAGAAUGAUCGGAACUCUUUCUAAGUUUAAAAGUGCUCUUAGGCCGAUAGGCCAUGUAAAUAAAAUAUUAGCUCGAAAUGUUUCUCAUUUUACAUAUCAACCUGAUGAGAAAAGUCCAAAUGUUGAUGGCGAAAGAACAAAAAUGAAUAUGUUCACAGCUAUUAAUAAUGCAAUGGACAUUGCAUUAGCAACCGAUGAUUCAACACUGCUUUUUGGUGAAGAUGUUGCUUUUGGUGGAGUCUUCCGAUGCUCGUUAAACCUAAAAGAUAAAUAUGGUGCUGACAGAGUAUUCAACACGCCAUUAUGUGAACAAGGAAUUGCUGGAUUUGCUAUUGGCGUUGCUGCUACUGGUGCUAAAGCUAUUGCUGAAAUACAAUUCGCCGACUAUAUUUUCCCAGCAUUUGAUCAGAUUGUCAAUGAAGCUGCCAAAUAUCGUUAUCGUAGUGGAAAUAUGUUUGAUUGCGGAUCUUUAACAAUUCGUGCUCCUUUUGGUGCUGUUGGUCAUGGUGCUUUAUAUCAUUCUCAAUCUCCUGAAGCAUAUUUUGCACAUACACCAGGUUUGAAAGUAAUUGUGCCUCGAGGACCAAUCAAAGCCAAAGGACUUCUAUUAGCUGCGAUUAAUGAUAAAAAUCCUUGUAUCAUCUUGGAGCCAAAAACUCUUUAUCGAAGUGCUGUUGAGGAAGUUCCAGUCGCUUCUUAUGAAUGUGAAUUAGGGAAAGCUGACGUAUUAAUGAAUGGAAAUGACGUAACAUUAAUUGGAUGGGGAACACAAGUUCAUGUUUUGAGAGAAGUUGCUGAACGUGCUAAAAACGAACUGAAAGUAAAAUGCGAACUCAUCGAUCUCGUUUCGAUCUUGCCUUGGGAUCGUGAAACUGUUUGCAAUUCUGUCAAGAAAACUGGUCGCGUAAUAAUUGCCCAUGAGGCUCCACUUACUAAUGGCUUUGGUGCUGAACUUGCUGCGUCAAUUCAAGAAGAUUGUUUUCUUCAUCUUGAAGCACCAAUCGCACGUGUAUGUGGCUGGGAUACUCCAUUCCCUCAUGUGUUUGAGCCAUUUUAUCUUCCUGAUAGAUUGCGUUGCUUCGAAGCCAUUAAGAAAAUUGUAAAAUAUUAAAAUUCGUGAUAACAAUCACAUUUGUUGUAACUGAAAACUUCAAAAAUUGAAACUGUUGCAUUUAUUAAUUUUAUAAAUUUCACUUUUUAUUCAACAAAAACUUUAUUUACAAUAAAUUAUCUAAGUUAGUUCAACUGACUUAAGAUUAAUUUUUAUUUUAUGAACACAA